UGAAAAAUAAAAACAAAGUGAAAAACGUGUACAAUGAGGCCUUUAACUGAAGAUGAAACCAAAAUUUUCUUUGAGAAAUUGUCGAAAUAUAUAGGAGAUAAUAUCAAACUAUUAUUAGACAGACCUGAUGGUAAUUUCUGUUUCCGACUUCAAAAAGACAGAAUAUUCUAUGUCAGAGAGGACAUCAUGAAGAAAGCUACGUGUGUGGAUCCGAAACAUUUAUUAAGUAUUGGUACGUGUUUUGGAAAGUUUACUAAAACCAAGAGAAUAAGGCUCCAUAUUACAGCUUUAGAUUAUUUAGCCCCAUAUGCCAAAUUUAAAGUAUGGUUAAAGCCAAAUGCAGAACAACAGUUUUUAUAUGGUCAUCAUGUCAUGAAGGCAGGGUUGGGCAGAAUUACUGAAAAUACCUCACAAUAUCAAGGAGUUGUGGUUUAUAACAUGAAUGACCUCCCUUUAGGUUUUGGAGUGGCAGCCAAGUCAACAGAAUUAUGCCGUCAGUGUGAUCCUAUGUCUAUAGUAGUAUUUCACCAGGCUGAUAUAGGGGAGUAUAUUCGCAGUGAGGAGAUGCUCAUUUGAUUUGUUAUUUUCAAAUUGUAAAUAUUGUACAUAAUAAAAAACAAAAUACUUAAAUAAUCAUAA